CUGAAAACAAGCUCAUCCGAAAUCCAAACAGCAAAAAUCCAAAAUCCUCAAAUACUCAACAAAGCUCAACAAAGCUCAAAUACUCAACAAGCUCUUUCUCUCUCGUUUUAGGUCCCUCUAUUUUCCAUGGCGGCCAUGAAGACCAUCAACAUCAACAACAACCAAAACAAAAAAGAACGACACGAAGAAGAUGACUAAUAUAAUUCACAACCAUCAUUUAUGACUUAGUCCCUUUUGGCGUUUUAGCUCAUUUUUCUCUCUCCCACAACUAUCCAUUAAACCUCCCUCCCUCUUGUUAUCGUGCUCCACUUAAACUUUUUUUUAAAGUCCUCCCAUCUCAUUCUCUCAUUCCAAGAACUCUUAGCUAGGCAAAGUGGGGAAAAAACCCAAAAAAGCAGCUAAAUUUAAGCAAUUUGAGAUCUGGGUUUGUGAGUUUUUGCCUCUUUUUGUGCUUUUGAUUUUCUUGAAGAAAGUAAUGUUUUGGCUUCUGGGUUUUACUUCUUCUGGUGGAUUUUUGAUAAACAAAACAAAAGAAUGGGAGGCAAAUGGAGGAAGGCAAAGUUGGCUCUGGGAUUGAAUCUGUGUUUAUAUGUUCCAAGAACAUUGGAGGACUCGCCUCCUUCCAUUGACACCGCCGAUGGGUUGUCUGACGCGGCUCUACUUUCGCCGGCCAACUGGGCCGUGAGCUCGUCCAGGCCCGCCACGCCCUCGACCUCUUCUCACAGUUUGAAGCUCUCUAAAAGUACCAGUAAAUCAUCCAAGCAAAUAUGUUCCAUAUGCUUAACUAAGAUGAAGCAAGGAGGCGGCCAUGCCAUCUUCACUGCGGAAUGUUCGCAUUCUUUUCAUUUCCACUGCAUCACCUCCAAUGUCAAACAUGGCAACCAGAUUUGCCCUGUCUGCAGGGCCAAAUGGAAAGAGAUUCCUCUACAGGGUCCUCCAACUCUUGAUCAUCCACCUUCGGCGAGGCCAGCGACAAUCACUCCGGUAGGUUGGCCUCCUCAAAAUGAUGCUGUGAUGACUGUUGUACGCCAGUUACCUACUCCUCGAAGGGACUUAAAUCGCCGACAUAUCAUUCCUUUGUAUCAGGCUCCUGAACCGGGGAUAUUUGACGAUGAUGAAUCCUUAGAGGAGAAUAAUAGCCAACCUGCAAUGUCGAACAGAAGCCCUUGCAAUAAGAAUGAAGAUGCUACAGCAGAGAACGUUUCCUCCAAGAUGAUAGAGAUCAAAACAUACCCAGAAGUCUCAUCUGCUCCACGGUCAAAUUCUUUUGAUGAUUUCACCGUUCUGGUUCAUCUCAAAGCUUCUGCAACGAUCAAAAGACAAAAUCAUAGCAAAAACCAGACUAGCUGCCUUCAUCAGCAACAACUUUCUCCGUCUCCCCGAGCUCCGGUCGACCUUGUCACAGUGCUCGACAUAAGCGGAAGUAUGGCGGGCACCAAGCUUGCAUUGCUCAAAAGGGCAAUGGGGUUUGUAAUUCAGAAUCUUGGCUCCAACGACAGGCUUUCUGUUAUCGCCUUUUCCUCAACAGCCCGCCGCUUGUUCCCGCUUCGGCGAAUGACGGAUGUCGGGCGACAGCAUGCCCUGCAAGCCGUUAACUCUUUGGUUGCCAAUGGAGGGACCAACAUUGCAGAAGGUUUGAGAAAGGGUGCCAAGGUCAUGGAAGAGCGGAGAGGGAAGAAUCCGGUGGCGAGUAUAAUAUUGUUGUCUGAUGGACAAGACACUUACACUGUGAGUGGAUCUGGAGCAAACCAGGUCCAACCGAAUUACCGGUUACUCCUCCCUCUGUCUAUACAUGGUGGUGACAAUGCAGGGUUCCAGAUUCCGGUCCAUGCAUUUGGGUUUGGUGCAGACCACGACGCGUCGUCCAUGCACUCAAUUUCAGAGAUCUCCGGUGGGACUUUCUCAUUCAUAGAGACCGAGGUCGUGAUCCAGGAUGCUUUCGCACAAUGCAUUGGCGGACUUUUGAGUGUUGUGGCGCAGGAACUUCAAGUAGUCGUUGAGUGUUUGAAUCCGAUGGUACGGGUUGGGUCAGUUAAGACAGGGAGCUACCCAAGCCGGGUUGCAAUUGAUGGACGAACCGGGUUCGUUGACGUAGGUGACUUGUACGCAGACGAGGAGAGGGACUUUCUGGUCUUUGUUCAUGUCCCGACUGAGUAUUGUGGCGAUAGAACAUCGUUGUUAAAGGUGAAGUGUGCGUACAAGGAUCCGAUCACUAAGGAAAUGGCGACGUUGGAGAGUGAGGAAGUGAGGAUUGAGAGGCCUGAGAUAGCCGAGCGAGGAGCCGUUGUGGUAAUGUCAAUAGAGGUAGACAGGCAACGGAACAGGCUGCGAGCCGCGGAGGCAAUGGCACAGGCUCGGGCCGUCGCCGAGCAAGGGGACUUGACUGGCGCGGUUUCGAUACUAGAGAGCUGUCGGAAAGUACUUGCGGAGACCAUCUCGGCCAAGUCUCGCGACCGGCUGUGCGUGGCACUAGACGCCGAGCUCAAGGAAAUGCAAGAGAGAAUGGCAAGCCGGCACGUCUACGAGGCGUCCGGCAGGGCCUAUAUCUUGUCGGGGAUGAGCUCCCACUCGUGGCAGCGGGCAACAGCGAGGGGUGACUCGACGGACGGGUCGAGCCUUGUUCAGGCUUACCAGACACCAUCCAUGGUAGAGAUGCUUACAAGGUCUCAGGCAAUGUUACUCGGUAGUCCUUCGACUCAAAGGCUUAUCCAACCGUUAUGGUCCCAUGGAUCACAACCCAAACCAAGGUAGUUGUGUGGGGUCCAAUAACUGAAAGUCUUUUUCAGUAACUCUUUCUUGGUGCAUUUUUAUUUUUUUGAAGAAUUUUUUGGAAUUUGGAGAUUUGUUAAGAGAUAGAGAGAGAGAAGUUGAAGGAGAUGUUUGGGGAAAGGUUUAUUAAGAUUUCAUUUUGCUCCUACCUUGUAAUGUGUAAAUGAAUAAGGAGUAAGAAAAUGGUGAAAGAUAUUAUAUGUUGGGGAGUAAAACAAAAGAGAGGCACGCUGAGUAGGGUUUUCUUAAGUUCUGUUUUUUCUUUUUGGGUUUUAAUUGUUUGUGUUGGGGGGGUGGUUUACAUAAAGAGAUAUGAGUAUUUUUCUGUGGGAAAAUAGGUAUAAAGUUUGGUAUUUAGUGAAGAUGGUUGGGUUGGACUCAUCACCUGAUAUGUAUAGUCUACCUGCUCUCAAUUCUUUUUUUUUUUUUUGGCAAAGUUUUGCAAGUUGAGUUCAUAUUUACUCUCUCCAUGUCUCUUUUAGUUCUUUCAAUUAUUAGGAUACUGCAAAAUGUGAUACUAUAUACUAUAGACUUGUGAUCAAAGGUGUAUACAUAUCUUGCCUUAAUGAACUAUGAACUAUAAAUAACAAUGUCAUUUGAGUUAA